AUGCGCGUUGACGCUGCUGAAUUUGUGCCCCUCGCUGGAUCCUCCAGCGCUGAUGGCUCCUGGAUCCAGGGCAGCUCUCACCCGGCAACGUUCGGGGGAGCUGAAAACGGACUGUCUGCAGACAGUCCUGCCUUUGUUCCUGGCGCACAGGAUGUAUCGUGGCAGGCGCCGCCUUGGGAGGUGUGGCACGGCCAGGACUACACCGCUCCAGUGCCAGAGUACGACGCACCAGAGACAGAGAGCACGGAAGCAGCGCCGAUCGUGUACGUGGACGAGGAAACGUUCCUUACACCUCAGCUCUUGGACGAGAUACCGGAGCAAGUACACUCACUGCCUUUGUCCCCGAAGUCCGGCAAGGAGACCCAAGAUGACGGCAAUCUUUCAGAAACUCCCGACAAAGAGUUUGGGUUCUUGCACAGUCACACAUUCGGCGGCAGUCAAGCGGCGACCGCGACGACAGAGGAACGCUCACGCCACAGCGAGCUUACAGGCACUGGCGGCGCGGCCAGUAGCACAUGUCCAUCGGCAACUGCUGGAUCCAGCGCGGGUGUUCUCAGCGUGCAUGGUCGCAAGCUCCUCUGGACUCUUACAGGAAGGGACUGUCAAAGCUGCAAUGAUCUCUUCGUGCUGGACGAGUGGCCUCAGGGCGAAGGUCCCGUGAUGGUGGCUGACUGUGAGCUCGAUGGGCAGGGCAGCGCAGCCUGCAGCGAUGAGCGAGCAAUCAGGCCAAUGUGCAAAGCCGACCGAAAGCUGUUGGCAAAGCAACUCCGCAAACAACUUCCGAGGAGCCGGAGCAAGCUCCACAAAGAGAUCAAACAAGCGAAGUCCUGGAAGCAUGCCUUGCAUCUCCUUCACACUCAGAACCGUCGAGGCGUCCUAGCAUGUACUGCGGCUUUGAGCAAAUGCAGCUACUGCUGGAAACAUGCCCUGCUUUUGUUGGCGGAUUUUGCCCCAUAUGCCGUGGAGAGAAACACCGUGACGUUCAACGCGGCCACCAGUGCAUGCAGCAAGGGCCGCUGUUGGCAAGGUGCCCUGUACCUGCACGAGGAACUACAAACGAGUGCACUUGAGGCCGACACGAUUUCUCACAACGCUGUCGUGAGCGCUUCAGACAUGUUCUCCCAGUGGAAGCGUGCUGCGGACAGCAUCACUUUCAACUCCGCGAUCUCUGCGUUGGAGAAGGGUGCUCAAUGGCGUGCAGCCCUCCUACCCUUAACGAGCAUGUUGUGGCACGCUUGCCGGCCUAGUGUCGUGACCUACGGCGCGGCCGUGAGUUCUUGCUCCCAAGCAGAGAGUUGGUUCGGGGCCUGGCAGCUCCUGGGGCAGAUGACAGGCAGCCAGCUGCAGCUCUCCAUCGUCGCCUGUGGUGCUGCAGUGAGUGCUUGUGAGAAAGCGGGGGCCCGCUCCUGGACGACGGCCCUCGGGUUGGUUGCACAGAUGGAUCGCCGGAGCUUGUCCUCCAACAUCAUAUCUCAAAGUGCUCUGGUCAGCGCCUGUCAGAAGAGUGCCCGCUGGCAGCGUGCGGCACUGCUCCUGUCUGGGGCACAAGUCAAUGUGGUUCAAGCAGACCGGCCCAUGCACAAUGCCUUGAUUUCCGCAUGCGCCAGAGAUAACCAAUGGGUCGGAGUACUAAGUUUGCUCGACGCUUUGCCAUAUCUGCCUUUGCCGCCGAAUGUCGCGACAUGCAACUCUGUCCUUGCAGCUUUUGAGGGUGGAGGCUGGCAAGAAGCAUCAGGCAUCCUUGCCCGCAUGAAGUCUCUGGAACUGAAGCAAGACGUGAUAACGCACACUUCUGUUUCCAGCAUCUUGGAGAAAGUUGUACAAUGGCGGCGCUCCCUGCACGAACUCUUCAUCCAGCGAGUAAGUCCCGCCCAAGAGAACAGCCACGAGAGCUUGAACCUGCUCAAUAUGAACUCGGUCAUCAGUGCUUGUGCACGUGCACAGAAUUGGCGGAUGGUCACAUCGAUGAUGGGCCACUUGCAGCAUGAGCGGCUUGAGCCGGACCUGGUGACAUGCAACGCAGCCAUCACCGCCGUUGAACGACGCUACGAUAAGGCCACAGAGAUCUUUGAUCAAGCCAUAUUGCGCAGUUUGCAGCCCAACGAGAUCACAUGCAACGCCCUGCUGACGUCAUGUGCCAUCGGGCACUCCUGGCAGGCAGCACUGAAGCUGUAUGCGUGGAUGCUGAGUUCUGCCCUGGAGACAAACAUCAUCUCUUUUGACAUGGCUUUGUUGUCGUGCUGCGCUGGGAGUCAGCCCAAGCUGGCCCUGAACGUCUUAAACUCCGUGCAGCAGCAGUACUCAAGUCUGCUGCGGUCUUGGGAGUGGUCUUUUUCAGUUUCACACCGCAGUGUCACCAGCCAAGUUGGGGAUGGCGUGCAUGCUUUCAGCUGGUGUCGAAAGCCAGCCAUUUGUGGUUGCAGGACGCGGGGUUCGGCCAACCUGUCAACACGAGUGGUCUUAAGAUUGGUCUUUUUCCCUGCCGGCUCUGCUUUGACCGGAGAUGGCGACUGCGCUGUCGGGCUGCUCUCCGAGGACAAGGCUAAGUUGAAGUUCGAGCUCUUCCUGAACGAUCGGCGGAGUGGCACAAAAGUGAUGCUCGGGCAGAAGUUCAGUUGCGACUUUCGAAAGCCUGAUUUCUCAAGCGAGACAGACACGAUCACGGUGGGGCUUGAAGUUUACAGCAACCU